UUUUUAUAGAAAAAUGGCACCUGACCCAAAGAAGUCAGGAAAACUGCAGAGAAAACAGCAAGAUGAAGGAGAGCAUAAAGGAAGAAAAGGGCUGAAGAUGAAUCAGUGGAGAGAGGACCAAAUGAAAGCUGCAAUAGAGGAAUAUAAAGAGCAGGUCGGGUCAGGGAGGCCUGCGCUGCGAUUGCUCGCAAGGAAGUGGAACGUGCCAAAAACAACCCUUCAAAGACGCGUGAAAGGGCUUGUUGAGGGAUCGGAGCAUGCGUCUGGAAGAAAGCCAUUCAUCCCUGUUGAAUCUGAGCAGGAGUUAGUGCGUCUUCUCACCUUGCUUUCACAGAGAGGCUUCCCGUUGAGGAGGUCUGAUGUUCAGUCUCUUGCUUUUGAGUUUGCCAAGAUAAAUGGCAUCCGUGGGUUUUCAGAAGAGAAGCAAAAGGCGGGCUAUCACUGGUACGAGGGCUUUAUAAAGCGAAACCCAGGGCUGAAAAUAAAGAAACCAGGGGCCAUAUCACCAGCGACAAGGAUGAAUGAAGAAGAGCUGGGGAAAUGGUUUAAAAUGUACAAAAUCACCCUUGAUGCCUUGAGAAUUAAAGACGUCCCCUCACGUAUUUGGAAGUGUGAUUUAUCAGGACUACAAGACGACUUCUCCUCUCAGCAAAAUGUCGGGGAAGGAGAAGAGCCCUGCUUUCAGAUCAGAGCUGAGGAGGAAGAGGAAACUGCCACCACGGUACUAGCAGCAUUCAAUGCCAGUGGUGCAUUUGCUCCUCCGCUUAUCAUUUUAAAAGAAAAUGGGGUGAGAAGUGAGUGGUUGAACGAAUCCAUGGAAAACGUUUGCAUUAGAGCGUCGAAUAAUGGCUGGAUAACAGCAGAACUGUUUGUUGAGUGGGGCGAAAUGUUUGUGGCACAGCUCCCAAAAGAUGAAACCAGACCCCACCUUCUGCUCCUCGAUGGCCAAAGCAGCCACGUAUUCAACCUUGGCUUUUUCAAUCUAAUGAAACAAAACAACGUGGAAGUCAUAUGCUAUCCUGCACUGCAACUGGAAAACAGAGGUCUGUUUAGGAGUCUCAAACACAACUGGUGUGAAGUGAGUCGCAAGUGGAGUCCGCAAUGUGCAGGCAUGAAGUUACCCAGAGCACAUUAUUGUUCUGUUUUCACGGAAGCGUGGAAGACAACUGCAACUGUGGAAAGAGCCCAGGAUGGGUUCAGGACAACGGGGAUGUUCCCAUUGAAUGAGUUGGCCUUCAUUGAGCAUGAGCCGCCCACUGAAGACGCUGCACAUUGCAGCACAGAAAGCGGCUCUGGUGAGCCUUCAGCUGUUGAAGUGAAUUCAUUCAAAGACUUUGUGGUCAUACAAAAAUGUAGCAGGGCUACGAAGACACCCAGAGCCAAGACAAUACCACAUUUCCACAGAGACACAGAACACAUUCUUUAUAAUGAACAUUUAAAUCAAAAACCAUUUAAAACUACUUCCUGCAGGGGCUGCCUCGUAAAACACGGCGCAGAUGAUGAUCCGAAAGCUUCUGAAGCAUGGAUCCGAUGCAGCAACUGUAAGGCCUGCUACCAUGAGUCUUGUGUAGACGAGGAUGGGAUAUAUGAAUGGGUUUAUGAUGUAGAUGGUGAUGAUCAAUAA